CUCUACACUCUAGCCUGGGCAACAGAGUGAGACCUUGUCUCGGAAAAAAAAAAUGGGAUUCAAACUUUAUGGAAGGGGACAGAAGCCUUUCUCCAGGUUCACCCCAGGCUGUCUUUUCACCCCCAAGCACCAGCUCUGUGCUUCUCUUUGCACACCAGCCAUGGCGGACUCCCCAUGUUAGCUGCCCAGCACAGCCUUCUCUGCCUCUGAUCCAUUGAUUCGUGGUUCACCCUCACCAGUGAUAACCCUCCUCUCAGCCUACCUAGAUCCUCCCAUGGGCCCUGUAACACUAAAGCUCACUCUCCCAUGAACUCUUCCUGAUCUGCCCUGUCAGAAUCAGUCUCCCUACCCCUCACCUUGGUGUUCCCACUGCACUUUGUUUAUACCAACAUCAAAAGAGUAACUUUAUUUUCAUCUUUUUUUUGCCUUUUCCUUUUGACAUCUGUGGAAGCCUCUUUCUCAUUUGUAAGCUCUGGAAAGCAGGACCUCUGUCUCAUUUGGGUUUGUAUCUUUCAUUCCAUAACCAGCACUUUUUAGGAGAUAUAUUAUUGUUAAAAUGGCAGCAUUAAUGUCAUGCAGAACAGUGACUCUUAAACACUGCAGAGCCCUGGGUAAAGUAAUUUGUGCCCAUCACAAUUUUACUAAAUUGGAUAUAUUUUAGGGUGUUCAGAAUAAUCCAUAGAUUCAACAAAAUAUUUAUUGAGCAUCUACUAUGUUCUGGAUUCUCGUAGGGGCACCCUAGAAGACAGAGGGCCUCAGUUCUCAUAGAACUUUACAUUCUGUGGGAAGGAGAUCAUUCUGAAACUAGUUGGAAGGUAAUGGAGUAGCAUCAUUAGUAAAUAGUUAUACAAGUUUUUGCCUCAGAUCAUUCUGAGUAAAUAGUUUUAGAUAGACAGUAAAAUGUUCCAUGAAGAAAACAAAGCAACAUUUAGGGUACAAGCAGCUCUGUUAGAUAGGGUGAUCAGAGAAGCCUCUCUGAGGACUUGUGAGCAGACCUAAAUAUUGAGAAAGAUGCUGCUAGAAAAGGACCUAGUGCACGAUGUGUCACACUGAAGUGAGAACAGGAGGCACUAAUGAGGUCAGCAUCUUCAAGGAAAGGAAAGAAAGUCUGUGCAGUUGGAGCAUAGAAUGCCAGUGGCAGAAGAGUAGGAGACUGUGACCAGGUCAUGGAGGUGAACAUGGGAAGUCUGUACUGAAAUAUCAGUAACUGAUGUCUACCACGUUGUGAAACUGUUUGUCAUGAAGGGUUGUGAGUACACUAAAGAAUAGAAUUGACUGCAUUUGGUUUUAUGACCACUUUCAAUCCAAAUGGGAGUGUUCUGCACUCAGAAAACAAUAGAAUCACAAGGUCACCGUUAGAUGCAUUGAGGGAGUGCUGGCACGUUCAUUCUUCAUGAAUUUUCUUGAAAGCACAACCGUGGCAGUUGCAUAAUGGAACCUUGGGAACUCAUCAGUCAUCCUCUGCCCCAUUUUGCUCAGUUUCCCUAGUAUUUCUCACUCUUCUCCAUACCGUCAAGCCACUGAGACAGUCACUUGCUGAACCUCGUCUUCACUUGUCACACUGACCAAUUCUGCAUGAGUGCUCUGAUUCGUUUCAUUGGCAGUCUCAUGCACUCACACAGGUGUCCAGAAGAACUUACAAAACUCUUUGUAACCCCGUGCUUUUUGAGAGAUCUAAUCAUGGUAUGUGGAAAUGUGAUACGCUAGUUGAAUCUCUAAACUCUGGAGUGUGAAGAAAAGUCUACUCAAGAAAUGACAUCUGUGGAGUGCCCAUACGGCACCAGGUGUUUUGUUGGACAUUUUUUGCACAUUAUCCCACGCAGUCUUCAUGCAGGCUUAUUAUCAGCUCCACUGUUAGAUGAAGCAGCAGGCUCAGAGUCUUUAACACAUGUGGUAAACACACAGUCCAAAAUCACACAACUGGUAAGUGGACACCAAAGUCCAUUCCCUUUCCAUUUAAGACUAUGUUUUAGUGGUUAAGAGUACGGGCUCCUGGGGCCACACUGCCAUCGGGUGUGAAUCCAGGUAAGUUUGGGCAAGUUUAUUUACUGUCUCUGUGCUUUAUUUUUCUCAGCUGAAAAACAGGAUCUAAUAGUACUUUCCUGGUAAGAUUAUUAAAAGGAUUAAUUGGCUAACAUAUACAUAAAGCACUUAGCAUGCUGCCUGGCCCCAGCAGUAAGCACUAGGUAUGGGUUUGUCUUUAUUAUUUCCACUGUACUAUGCUGCCUUUUUAAAAACCUUAGCAUUCCUGUAACAUAGCACAACACACAGCCAGACAGAAGAGAAAAGUGAAGUCUAGAGAAGUGUCUUGACCAAGAUCACAUAACCACUUAAGGGCUGAGGCAAGACGCCUUCACUGUAUAUUCCUGUCCCCCAUAUUUUUUUCUUUCUUUAUGCAUGUACACUGACUUCACACUCAUAGCCUCUCUGCCAUACAAGCUCUUUAUCCUGCCUAGUCCCAGCCUCUGCUGCUCCCGCUCCCCUCCCAUCUCCACAUUCUUCCAUGUUGAAGUCUACUUACAUGGUGCAGUGACUGCAGCUGUGGGUGCCUGGCUGGGAAAGAGAAAUGGUCCAGUUAUCUUUUGACUGCCACAUAUGGACCCCAAAAGAUCUCAAAAGGAAACUGUCCUCAUUACAGGAGGAGGUGGCUAUUUCGGUUUUCGCCUGGGCUGUGCUCUGAACCAAAAGGGAGUCCACGUGAUUCUGUUUGACAUCAGCAGCCCUGCUGAAACCAUUCCAGAAGGAAUCAAGUUUAUACAAGGAGACAUCCGCCACCUCUCUGACAUAGAGAAAGCCUUCCAGGAUGCAGACAUCACUUGUGUGUUCCAUAUUGCCUCUUAUGGUAUGUCAGGGCGGGAGCAACUCAAUCGAAACCUGAUCGAAGAAGUCAACAUCGGGGGCACAGACAACAUCCUCCAGGCUUGCCAAAGAAGAAGGGUGCCCAGGUUAGUUUACACCAGCACUUUCAAUGUCAUCUUUGGAGGUCAAGUUAUCAGAAAUGGGGAUGAAUCUCUGCCCUACCUGCCUCUUCACCUCCACCCUGAUCACUACUCUCGGACAAAGUCUAUUGCAGAAAAGAAGGUGCUGGAGGCGAAUGGUACACCCCUGGACAGAGGCAACGGUGUCUUAAGAACCUGCGCUCUGAGGCCAGCUGGCAUCUAUGGGCCUGGAGAACAAAGACACCUUCCCAGAAUAGUCAGCUACAUCGAGAAGGGUCUGUUCAAGUUUGUCUACGGGGACCCCAGGAGCCUGGUUGAGUUUGUCCACGUGGAUAACUUGGUGCAGGCUCACAUUCUGGCCUCAGAAGCCCUGAGAGCUGACAAGGGCCAUAUUGCCUCUGGGCAGCCCUACUUCAUCUCAGAUGGCAGACCCGUGAACAACUUUGAGUUCUUCCGGCCUCUGGUUGAGGGCCUGGGCUACACGUUCCCAUCUACCCGCCUGCCAUUGACCUUGGUCUACUGCUUUGCUUUUCUAACAGAGAUGGUUCACUUCAUUUUGGGUCGACUCUACAACUUCCAGCCCUUCCUCACUCGCACUGAAGUUUACAAAACUGGUGUCACACAUUAUUUUAGCUUAGAGAAAGCCAAGAAAGAGCUAGGUUAUAAGGCUCAGCCAUUUGACCUCCAGGAAGCAGUGGAAUGGUUUAAAGCCCAUGGUCAUGGCAGAAGUUCUGGAAGUCGUGACUCAGAGUGUUUUAUUUGGGAUGGGCUAUUGGUCUUCCUCCUGAUUAUAGCAGUUCUCAUCUGGCUGCCUUCUUCUGUGAUUCUGUCACUGUGAAGGAGGGGCCAGAAAUAAGGUGAUCACAGUUGGCUGAGAUGGUUCUCAAGAAACAUGGGUUUUCAAAUGUGUACAGUGGUAUCUGUUGCCAAACAUUGGCUCUUCAAAUUGCUGCUUACGAAUAGGUUCUUGGAUUGAAUCUUUAUUUCUUACUUCCUUGCACUAAGCCAGAUGGGAAUGAAAAGAAAGAAGCAGAGAUUAGUUUGAAAUUUCAUUUCUUAUGUCCUUCUGUUUUAGGUGGGUACAAUAGAAGUCAGUUUGGAGCCAUAGAAGUAGGCUUAGUUGGGUUGGAGAUGUCUGUCUUGAAUUUCUUAGAAGGCAAGAUAUACUUAUUUCCGUUUUAUGCACUCUGCAUCUACCUAAAACCUCUGAUUGAUGUGGGAAUGACAAAACACUAUCAGGCUUGAAAGCAUGUGAAAAACGCCAAAUUGGCCCAGAUCCCUAACAGAGCAAUCCUCGAGGGGAUGGUAGCUAUUGCUGGAGAGGCAUUAGCUAUUCACAGUGUCCAUUUUAGGUGUUAACUUUCGCCCUUUGUGAUAUCGGGGCACUAUGCCUAUGUGAACAUAUGGUAAUGUUUGAUGUUUAGGCCUUUAUCCUACCUCAUAGGAUUCUUUUGAGGAUUAAAUUAAAGCAUACAAAGUGCUCCUUAACACACAUAGCCAUUCUUUUUAUCAGAAUUGUCAUGGUACGUUCCUUAUGAGGGCUUUCUUCCUCAGUGUUCUCUUUAGAGGGCUGUUGCUACUGGACUUUCUGGAAUGUCUGGGUGUGCCCUCAGACCCUGAAACAAGUGUAUUUGGAUAUACUCUAAAGUUUUGGCCUCCAAGAAGGCGAAAAGGAAGCAACUAAAAAUCUGAUGAUUAAGGGAGUCAAUCAAGCUAAUGCCAUUUUUACUUUAAAAAAUGAAGCAUAGCUCUAAACUCAUAGACUGGUUUUCUUACUGGGAAGAAGUUUGGCUCUCUGAAGACAGCUUCCAGUGAGGAAUGUUGAACAGUGGCAGCACUGUCUGGCCACCCACGAACUGUUACCGAUGAUCCAGUUACACUGUUGCAUAGGAAUCCAAGUGGAAAGAAGACAGAGUCUAUGUCUGUCCAUGGCUCCAGCUACAGAAAGGAUAACAUGAGAACAUUACAAGGGGGACACAUUACUGUGGAAAGUUCUGCUAGAGUUACUCUGAGAGUAUCUACAAAUAGAUGAGAAAUCCCUGUUGAAUGCUGCCUGGAUGUUUUCAGAAAAGCUCUGAACUUGAUGUCAGAACACCGACACCAUGAAUAUCAUGUGUGGCCUUAACCAAGGAACAGAAGCCCUUUAGAACUUAGCUUCCUCACUUGGGACCUGGGACUGACUGCAUUUGCCCUUUCUAUAAACCCACCCACCUCAUAGGGUUCAUUGGGAGCAUAAAGCAAGAUGUGGUGAAAGUACUUUUAAUAUAAAUUGCAACGUCAAUAUGAGGUGAUGGUAGUGGUUGUUUUUAGGAAAAUGUGUUUGGAGUCUUUUCUAUCAUAAAGAAGCUUUUGCAUUAGCCUGAGGUUAACGCAUAUGAGCACCUGCCGUGUAUUGUUCCAGAACUGCUUGAAUAUCCUCAUCAAGUGACAAGUGGUUUCCCCAGAGCAGGUCAUCCAAGACAGCAGGGUGGAAGCUGCAUUGUCCUUUAUGACUUGGCCUCAAAUGUCACAGUGUCAUUCCACAGUAUAUUGGUUAUGCAAGUCAAUCCUAUCUGGUAGGGGAAGGAAAUACACAAAGGUAUUUCCGUAUUAUACCAGAAGAUGGAGAUGGUCAAAGGCAAUCUUGGAGGCUGGGCUCUUGGCCUCAUAUGAGUCAUCUUUCCUUUUCCAUGAAAGGUUGCCCACAUUUCCAGCUACAUAGUUUUCUCUGCCUGCUUCCUGCCAGAAGGAUUUUAGGGGCCAAAUGGCUGUGUUAACAUUUUGCACUAUAUUCCUUUCCAUUCAAGCUGGCAGUGGUGCUGGGAACAUUAUUUUGAAUGUGUCACCUGAGUUUUAUUGCAGUUCACUCACAAAAGCCACACCUACAAAUCUCUGAGGUAAGUCCUCCACCGUGAGCUGCCAAGGGACAAUAUGCUGUGCUUCUUAGAAGCCUUAUUGUCUGAACAGUUCUCUGGGGUGCCACAUCAGGCCUUUCUGAGAUCUUAAAAAGAUACUAUAUUCAAGCCACAGCCAUGCAUUGUCAUUUCCACAAUCUCAUGUAUUUACACAGGUUAGCCAUAUUCAGUGUGGGAGGAGACUACACAAGGACAUGAAUACCAGGAGGUGGUGUCAUUGGAGGCCAACGUGGAAUCUGGCUGCCACUUUCCUGCUUCCGUAUCUCCCCAGUUCUGUUACUGUCUCCCACUGCAGCUUGAAAUGGUAGAUUUUCUCUGCUCAUUCCUCAGCCCUGUUCUAAUACCAUACUUUCUCCCUAGGUGAGCUCACCUAAGCCCAUGGCCUCCAUUUCCAUCUCUAACCCAAAUAUGUACUACUAGAGGCACAGUUUCAGACCAUUCUUGGGCUCCAGACUCAUAUCUAGUACUUCUGCAACUCCACGUGGAUGUCCCACAUGCACUUGUCAGCCAGUGUAGCCAAA